GUCCAUAGUGCUAAGACAGUCACAUUGACAAGGCAGUGACACAGCACAAAGCUUCUCAUGGUGUCCUGGAAUACAGCUCUUCAAGAUGUUCAGGAGUGGGCUGAAGAUCAUGGGGAUCACCCCUGAUCUGGUCCCGGAGCCCCUGGUGCUACCCGUGGUGCCCUCCCUGCCCUCUGUGCGGGUCCGGCCUGCCCUGCACAGGCCACGGAGGCGCAACAACAGCAGCAGCGGAAGCGACCCCACCAGGCCGCGGCCCUCGGGCCCGGCUGGCCCCAGAGGCAGCAUGGAGGUGGGCAUGCGCGUGGUGCGUGGCCUGGACUGGAAGUGGGGGAACCAGGACGACAGCGAGGGCCACGUGGGCACAGUGGUGGAGAUCGGGCGGCAGGGCAGCACCACCACCCCCGACAAGACAGUGGUGGUGCAGUGGGACAGCGGCACGCGCACCAACUACCGCACAGGCUACCAAGGCUCCUAUGACCUGCUGCUCUACGACAAUGCCCAGAUCGGUGUGCGCCACUCCAACAUCAUCUGUGACAGCUGCAAAAAGCAUGGCAUCAUGGGGAUGCGCUGGAAGUGCAAGGUGUGCUUUGACUAUGACCUGUGCACGCAGUGCUACAUGAACAACAAGCACGACCUGGGCCACGCAUUUGAGCGCUAUGAGACAGCCCACUCCCAACCAGUGUGCUUGGCCCCGAGGCAGAAUCUCCCACGGAUCAUCCUCAAAGGAAUAUUCCAGGGGGUGAAAGUGGUACGCGGACCUGACUGGGACUGGGGAAACCAAGACGGAGGAGAGGGUAAGGUUGGAAAGGUGGUGGACAUCCGUGGCUGGGACACAGAGUCCGGUCGUAGUGUGGCCAGUGUCACCUGGUCCAAUGGCACCACCAAUGUCUACCGAUUGGGUCACAAGGGCAAGGUAGACCUCAAAUAUGUGUCGGACGUCCAGGGAGGCUUCUACUACAAAGACCACCUACCAAAGCUCGGUGAGCAUGCAGAACUGCAGAGGCAGGAGAGUGCAGAAGGCCACACCUUCAACCAGGGGGACAAGGUGAAGUGUCUCCUGGAGGUGGACAUCCUCAGACAGAUGCAAGAGGGCCACGGAGGGUGGAACCCCAAAAUGGCAGAGUACAUCUGUAAAAUUGGGAUGGUACACAGAAUCACUGACCGGGGAGAUGUCCGAGUCCAGUACAGCAACAACAUCCGCUGGACUUUCCACCCAGGUGCCCUGACCAAGGUGAACACGUUUGGUGUGGGCGAGCUGGUUCGAGUACUGGAAGACAUAGACAGCGUAAAGAGGCUUCAGGCUGGCCACGGAGAAUGGACAGACAGCAUGGCACCAGCCCUGGGGCAGAUGGGCAAGGUGCUGAAGGUGUACGCCGACGGGGACCUGCGCGUGGCCUUUGGCGGCCAGACGUGGACCUUUAACCCGGCAUGCCUCUCGGCCCAAACCGUGGAGGUGGACGCCAACCUCAUGACCGCCGAAAACCCCAAUGAAUCCGGAAACACAGUCAUUUCAGUCCUGGAAAAGCUGCUGUCUCAGUCUACAGAGCAGGACAACCCCAGCCGGCUGGUAAUCGAGGCGGCGCAUGGCAGUGCCAACAAAGUCAGAGAGCUAGUGCAGAAAUACCCUGACAAGGUGGAUAUAAAGAACCAGGGCAAGACGGCGCUGCAGGUGGCAGCCCACCAGGGCCACAUGGAGGUGGUCCUGGCUCUGCUGCAGGCCAACAGCUCCAUGGAGGUGAAGGAUGAGGACGGAGACACCGCCCUGCACUACACAGCCUUUGGGAACCAGGCGGAGAUUGCGCGUCUGCUGCUGAGCAAAGGGGCCAACGUGAACCUACUGAACAACUCCAUGUGCACGGCGCUGCACAUAGCCGUCAACAAGGGCUUCACCGACGUGGUGCGCGUGCUGUCGGAACACUUGGCCGACGUCAACCUACAGGACUCGUACGGAGACACGCCACUGCACGACGCCAUCGCCAAAGACUUCCGGAACAUCAUUGAGAUCCUGGUGGUGGUGCCCAACAUCGACUUCACCCAGCAGAACAACCGCGGCUUCAACCUGCUGCACCACGCAGCCCUCAAAGGCAAUAAACUGGCCACGGAGAAGAUCUUGGCUCGGGCGCGUCAGCUGGUGGACGUCAAGAAGGAGGACGGCUUCUCAGCUCUGCACCUGGCCGCCCUCAACAACCACCGAGACGUGGCCGAGAUCCUUGUGAAAGAGGGCCGCUGCGACAUUAACAUCCGCAACAACCGCAACCAGACGCCGUUGCAGUUGGCGGUGACGCAGGGCCAUGGGGACCUGGUGCAGCUGCUAGUGGCAGAGGGUGCCGACGUCAACAUGGAGGACGAGGACGGGGACACGGCCAUGCACGUGGCCCUCAGCCGCCCGCAGCUGGCCAACGCUACGCUCACCCCCGCCACCUCCAGCACCACGACCACCACGCAGGAAAGAGGAGAGGGAGGCCCAGGCUCAUCAUCGUCCUCGCUCUACUGCCGGCUGAGCAGCUCGGGGCUGAUGGGUAACACGGAGCUGAGCUUGGGUGCGGCCAUCGCCUGUUUCCUGGCACAGGAGGGCGCCGACAUCAACUACGCCAACCACAAGGGCAAGAGCCCGCUGGACCUGGUGGCUGAUACAGCCGUGCUGCAGCUCAUCAAGAGCUUCUCCGAGAAGUACCGGUUGCAGCGGCUGCAGGCCAUCACGUGCGGCACGUCACUGAGCAGCACCAGCCUGCGGCGGGUCCACACAACACCCAACACCAUGACCAACCUGGCCAUGCCCGCCCUGCCAGGGCCCAGCGAGUGCCUCAUCUGCUCCGAGCUGGCCCUGCUCGUCCUCUUCUGCCCCUGCCAGCACAGCGUUGCCUGCGAAGAGUGUGCUCAUCGAAUGAAGAAAUGCAUCAAAUGCCAGGUUACGAUCACCAAGAAAAUAAGACAAGACCAGACAGAGGUGGACUGCAGCCCGGGCUCGGAGAACUCGGAGCAGCACAACCUGCUGGAGCAGCUGCAGUCACGCUACCGCCAGAUGGAGGAGCGCAUCACCUGCCCCAUUUGCAUCGACAACCACAUCAAGCUGGUCUUCCAGUGCGGCCACGCCUCCUGCAUCGACUGCAGCGCCGCCCUCAAGACCUGCCCCAUCUGCAGGCAGACCAUCCGCGAGCGCAUCCAGCUCUUCGUCUGACCCAGGCCCUCCUUUCUUCCUCUCUUCCCCUCCCCCCCGAGGAGUGGCCCAGGGGUGGUCAGCUCAUUGCCCGCCUUCUGCUGGUGUUCGUUAGUCAGUCAGUCUGCUCCUCAGUCGUUCAGGAUUAGCCACUCGAUCGUCCAUCCUGGCUCAGCUGCUGCGCUUUGUUGUGUUCCGUUGCAUGACGUUGCGCCAGGGUUCCCAGCAGUGUCAACGAGCUGGAUAUGGUCGUACUAACUUGAUUUUUUGUUUUGUUGUUGCCUGUUUCUUCACGGCUUUGUCCGUGGCCCCCAGUGUGCAGCAGCCGCAGCGGGUUGCAUCAGGAGGAGGCAGUAGCGCCACAAGAUCCAUUCUCAUUGGUCCACAAGGAGGACAUCCCUACGAACCAGGGAGGAAGUCCCUCUGAAUAGGACCUCACCUGUGCUGCUCUAAGAGGAUGUCUGUUACUCCCCGUUAGAUUGCAUCCCACCCUGUUCCCCCGUUUGCCUGUCUUGCCUCCCCUGUUUACAAGGCUGCAGAGAACUGGCCGAUGUCUCCCUGUCUUGAAUCCAGUGUAUUAUGUUUGCUCUCCUUCGUAUGAAGCUCUUUGUAAUCAGUGUUAGUCUCCAGAGGGUGAUGGUAUAACUAAAGGCUCCUCUGUAUAGCCCCUCCUUCUUGCCAUACGUACGCAAGGGGAAAAUACACACUUUAUAUAUGCAUGAGUAUAUGCAUAUUCAAAGCUGAAGACUGUGUUGUGGGUUUGGUUAGAUGUGUGGUUUUAAGAGUACCAGUAAUUAGUACUGAGUUAUGUCUAAAGGUGUUUCUAUUUAGCUAAAGUCAUAUUAUUUUUGGUGUUUGCUCAGUAAAAAAAAUAUUUCUGCUGAAAUUGCACCCAAGCCUAUGUCCUUCUCUACUCAGGGUCCUGAUUCAUUGAAACACUUCUAGCAUCAAAAAGGUCACAGAAUGUUUUUUUUUGUCAACCCUUUUUACAUUGGAGCCAUCUGACAAUUUGGUGUGUGUUCAUUAAGGGACUUGUAGUUGAUGUCUGGUAACACAACAGCUAGGACUUUUAUAGCAGAAUAGACCUGUGGAUAAGUUCACUUCGGCCCAACAUACCUUUCCUGCUUUAGGUAUGAAAUGAAUGUUUAAAUUACACCAUUGUAGAGAGUGGUUUGUGUGCCGCUUUAAAGAAAGGAAAGACUUUGUCAGACGACGCAGUGCAAGUCAUUUUCCUUAUACCAUCACCCAGAUACCCAUCGGCUUUGUUCUUUUUAGAUAUGUAUCAAAAUCAUGAUCGAAGCCUGUGUCUGUUGUUCAUCGGAACCUGAGCGUCUGUCCUACUCCUCUGUGUGUAGGGUUGUACUACACAGCGAUAACGUUAGCCGCACGCAGACCCGCUUGCAAGCAUCAUCACACAGCCUCAGACAGGGCUCAGCCCAUUGGGUGGUGCAGAUAGGUUUGUCAUUGAGUUUAGGUCAACUUUGGACUCUUGCAGACAGAAUUACUUUUGACUUCUGGAGGCCUUGGUGUCCUCUAGUUAGAGGAAGACCACUGAUACUGUACACUAUGAUGAAUCAAUCCUCCAAUACAGAACAGGAAGGAUUAAUGAUCAAGCGAGGUGUGUGAACUUCCACCAAAGCUGAGCCUGAAAAAUAAUGAGCAUGUAUUUGCUUUUUCUUUCUUAUUUUGUCACAAUGUGGAAUUUUGGCAGCCUUUGGACUCUGUUUUCUUGUCAUGUAUCUUUUUUUUCUCAAACAGAUGUAUUGUAAACAUUGAUUUAGAAAGGGCAAAAAUUAUUGUUAAGUGUGCAUCUGUAGUGCACUUGUCUCACAUCAGUCAGCCUACCUAGAAGAAACCCUCCCCAGUCGGUUUGGCAAGGCAUUUUGGAUUGUACUUUAUUGAUAAUCAUCCUUUGUAAUGUUUGGUUUGUUUUCCGAAGGGCUUAUGCAUUUUUAAAAAAUUGAUCUAUUUUAAUCUUCUAUUUCAUUUUUCUAUUGUAAACUUCCAGUGACAGGGGUUUUGUAACGUUAGAUCCCAACUUUGGGAGAGCCAAUUAAGAUUUACAUUUGAAUGUCAGAAAAAUAUAACCUGUCUUACUUUGCCUUUUUGGGGGAAGGUUGUACAGAUGCGUGGAAGAGAGGGAAAGUAAGGUUUACUCAAAAGUACUACUAACGUUACACCAGUGCCAAAUCUUCAAUAGGAUGUGCACUACAUAGGGAAUAGGGUGUAAUUUGAGACGGUGCCCAGUCCCUCUUUCCAGCUUCUGAUUAACAACUGAUAUUAAAGAAUUCUGUUCCAAAGUAUAAUCAAUAAAACAAAAAAUUGGAGCCAAAAAGCAUUUUUCUUUUAUAAUUUGAGGCAUAAUGAAUAUAGAGCAUUUCUGAUUGAAUCAAUUAGAUCAUCAAAGAUUGUCGUCUGGGGUCAUGUGAGUAGUCUGUGCACAGGUAAAGGCAAUAAUAGUUUAGAAGAGCCAGGAGGUUUGGAAAUAUACCACUAGAGGUUUGCUAUGAGAAGUACAUAACAUUUAAGCAACAAAUGUUACUGUUGGGGUGUGUACAGUACAGCACUUGGAGUUCUGAUGUUGGCCUUACUGCCCAUUCCUCUUAUGUUCAUGUUUUUUUCAGUUGUAUUCUGUACAAAAAUAUUUUGCAAUAAAUAUGGAACUGUUUUAUAAGGA